AUGGAGAGUGGGCUGUUCUCCAACGGCACCUUCCUCUUCCCAGAUCCAGCAACUUUGAAUAACUUUACCGAGGGGAUCGUCCACCUUGACACCGUGUUCUUGGUGAUCAGAUGUAUCGUUCCGCCCAUUUAUUUCCUGAUCAUCACGGUGGGCUUGCUGGGGAACAUCACUUUGAUCAAGGUCUUUGUGGCCAACAGCGCUAUGAGAAGUGUACCCAACAUUUUCAUUUCCAGCUUAGCCGCCGGCGACCUGCUGCUUCUGGUGACCUGUGUCCCCGUGGACGCUGCCAGGUAUUUCUUCGAGGAAUGGAUCUUUGGUACAGUGGCUUGUAAACUCAUCCCCCUGAUCCAACUCACUUCAGUGGGAGUGUCAGUGUUCACACUAACAGCCCUCAGUGCAGACAGGUACAAGGCGAUUGUAAAUCCCAUGGAUAUCCAGGCAUCCAGUGCAGUCCUUCAUACGUGCCUUAAGGCGGUGGCUAUCUGGAUGAUCUCUGUGGUCCUAGCCGUUCCGGAGGCUGUGUACUCGCAGGUGGUGCAACUUCACAAUGGGGAGAACGAAAGCUUCAGUGCCUGUGUUCCAUAUCCGCUCUCUGACAAGCUGCAUCCCAAAAUCCAUUCGGUGAUGAUAUUCCUGGUGUACUAUCUCAUCCCCCUUGGCAUCAUCAGCGUUUACUAUUUUCACAUCGCUCAGAGCUUAAUCAAGAGCGCACAUGACAUGCCUGGAGAAAGUAGCGAGCAUGUCAGGCGGCAGAUGGAAACCCGGAAACGUCUGGCGAAGAUUGUGCUGGUGUUUGUUGGCCUGUUCGCUCUGUGCUGGUUCCCCAACCACGUCCUGUACAUGUACCGCUCCUUCCACUAUGGCGAGAUCGACCCUUCCCUGGGGCACCUCAUAGUCACCGUGGUGGGCCGCGUGCUGAGCUUCUCCAACUCCUGCGUGAACCCCUUCGCCCUCUACCUUCUGAGCGAGAGUUUCCGAAGGCACUUCAACAGCCACCUCAGGUGCCAGAGGCGGCGGCAACCCUCGCUAUCCAACAGCUAUUACCAGAGCACCUCCGCUAUGCGUAUGACAUCAGUGAGAAGCAGCAACAGGAACACCAUCAGCAAUGGCCACAGCCUCAAACAGGAGUCAGCGGCAUGA